CCUCGUCGGCGGUUUUCAUCAUCCGUGAAUAAUGCAAAAAGGCGUGCAGCGUGCCUGGGUAGAGGCGGAACUUCGCGAGUGAGAUUGAAAAUGCUCGGAGAAAAAGGCGUAGGUCAUAUUCAGGUGAUGUGCCCGGGCUUUGCUGCGGAUUGUCUGGAGACGCUGGAAGAGAUUGCCGAGCAAAACCGUGAGGUCUUCCUCGGUGCCGGCGGGAAAAAAUAUGAAUAUAUUCCGGCGCUUAAUGCCACGCCGGAACAUAUCGAAAUGAUGGCUAAUCUUGUUGCCGCGUAUCGCUAA